CAAAGAUACAGCUUUGACAUUUCAUUUGAAGUGUUUUCAUUUUAAAACAAAAACAUCAGCCAUGGAUGAUCACAAACUUACAUACGAAAUUUAUAAAUAUUCAAGUUAUUCAACAUCGUAUUUUCCAGAAAAUAUUCGGGAGGAUUGCCCGAGUAAUCAGGUGUCACGAUGGUCAUCGAAUACAAAUACACCGCCGCAAUUUCUAACAUUAAAACUACAACGAUCGGCAAUUGUGAAAAAAAUUAAAUUUGGAAAAUAUGAAAAAACGCAUGUGUGUAAUUUGCGAAAAUUCAAAGUGGUCGGCGGUCUUGAAGAAGAGCAUAUGCUUUUGCUGUUCGAAGGCGGGCUGAGAAAUGAUAGCAUUCCAGAGGUAUUUGAUCUACGUCAUAAAACAGAUAGCGGUGAAUUGAUGCCGUUGAUGUACAUCUCAAUAAUACCUUUAUUAUCUUGGGGUCCGAGUUUCAACUUUAGUAUUUGGUACGUUGAAUGCAUUGGACAAGACGAUCCCUUGCUUGUUCGCAGUAGUUUACGCCAUUAUAAUAUGUUACGUGAGGUCGAAUUGGUUAGAUUGUGUUUAAAGCAUUUUCGACAACAAGGUUACGACAGCGCAUUUAAAGCGCUACAAGACCAAACAAACGUUAUUUUAGAAGAUCCAAUGAUGUCAGAAUUGCAUGGAGCAUUGGUUGUUCAAGGAGAUUUUCAAAAAGCGGAAAAUUUUAUUGAAAAAGCUGUGAACGAUGGAUUGAUGGAUAGCUACUUAGAAAAUCAAGAUUAUAAAGCAUCAUGGGCAUUACAAGAAACAUUAAACUCGGACAAAAGACCAGGAAUGAGAGGUGGUCAUCAGCUCAUUAUUGACUCGGCAAAUUGUGUAAUGUAUUUGUUCGGUGGUUGGGAUGGAUUUGCCGAUUUAAAUGAUUUAUGGUGUUACAAUAUUAAGCGAAAUAGUUGGACACUGAUUCAUGAUCGGGCUGAUGCGUAUGGUGGACCGUCGCCACGAUCUUGUCAUAAAAUGGUAUACGAUCCAUGUAAUUCACAAAUAUUCACAUUGGGACGAUAUUUGGACAGUAAAACUAGAACAACGGAAUUUAUCAAAAGUGAUUUCUAUCUAUAUGAUACGAAAGCAAAAACUUGGACGCUUAUAUGUGAUGACACAAGCCAAGAGGAUGGGCCUAAUUUGAUAUUCGAUCAUCAAAUGUGCAUUGACAUUGCGAAGCGUAAUAUUUACGUAUUCGGCGGACGAAUUCUUACACCAAGAAAUAUUGAAGUAUUAGGAAGUGAUCAAAAUACAUUUUCGGGCCUAUUUUCAUAUCACAUACCAACAAACACGUGGACACAAAUUCUAGUCGAUUGUGCACAUCCGACCGCAUCAAAUCCCGAAGUAAUGAGUAUUAAAUCACGUGUCACACAUUGUAUGGUCUUUCAUCAUCGACACAGAAAACUCUACAUUUUCGGUGGUCAACGAAACAAAGAAUACACAACCGAGUUCAUUUCAUUCGAUGUCGACACACAAAAUUUAUCGAUUGUGAAUCCAGGUGACGGUACAAAAUCUGAUAAAAAUAAUGUACCAAAUUCCGGAUUCACACAACGUGCUACAAUUGAUUGUGAACGUGAUGAAAUUUUCGUGUUGUCGUUUUCUCUCUGUCGUUUGCCAUUAAUACAGAGUUUAAGUAAAGAAAAAGAACGACGUGAUUUGAAUCUCAACUCAUUUUGGAUGUACUCGUUAAAGAAAAAUAAAUGGUCUUGCAUUUAUAAAAGCGAUCAUUCGAUUGAACAUUGUUAUUCAAAAGUACAAAGUGUAUGCGCUGAACCCUGUCCUCGGUAUGCACAUCAAUUGGUUUACGAUUGGAUCAAUAAAGUUCAUUAUCUAUUUGGCGGCAAUCCGGGACGAAAUACAACACCCGAACUUCGGCUCGAUGACUUUUGGCUACUUUAUUUGAAAAAACCAACCCGACAACAAAUUCUUCGACACUCAAAAUACUUAAUUCGACGACUUGAAUAUGAAGAAAUUGUCAAAACGAAUUCCAUUCGUGCUGUUGGCUAUUUGCAAACAAGACUCUCCGAAAUAAUUGAUCACAAUGAUACAGAGCAAUUGCAAGAAUUCCACAAAUUGGCAUCGUUAUUAUUUAAAUGUGACGAUAACAUGGAGAGUGAUGUGCAAACAACGACCGCAAACAGUAGCCGAUCGAAUAGUUCGGUGAUGGAGAUUGAUCCAAAAUCGCUAACAAUAAGCCAAUUUUCGUGUGCUUCGAACGACUCAAUUGAUUCAACCAGUUCAAAAUCUGAUUCAAAUUACUCGAGUAUGAAAAGUGAACGAUAUCAUAAUUAUACACCACCGCCGCCAACAAUUUGCUGCUAUGGUGCGAAUACAUUGAAAAAAGACGCCGAACUAUUUACUAAUAAAAGUGAAGAGCAACAAUUCGAGGUUAAAAAUCAACGAUGUUUGUUAUAUAACAAAUUGAUUGAACUGAUGCCCGGUAAUAUGGUACAGCCAAAAGGAAAUCUAAGUGACUUCGUUUUUAUUUAAACGAAUAUUUAAAAAAAAAACUAAUUGUAUUAUUGUAAUUGUAUUAAUCUUAAUCCAAAUCGAGCGAAAUCAUUUGUAUUGCUCAUAUUUUAUCGUUCGCAAAAUCGUUAUUAUCGUUGCUUGGUGAAUUUUUAUCUUUCUAUCUCUUUUUAAGUUAGUUUUUACUUUGACAAAUGAUAUUUUAUCUCAAUAUCUCGAUAAUACUUACAAAAAAAAAACGAAAAAAAGUCUUCUGAUAGUUAUAAUAUAGAUUUAAUACUCACAUCCAUAUAGACGAUGUAUCGAACAAGGAAUUGUAAUUUAUAAAAUUAUAUAUAAAUUGUGGCAAAAAAAGAGAAAUUAUCGAUAACAUUUAUAUCAUAUCAAGAAUGCCAUAAAAUAUGACUAUUGUAAAGAAAUACGAAUUUUUGCAUGAAAUCUGAAAUAAAACACUGAUAGAUCUAUA